UCAUAACGAUCCUUAUGAUGAAGGGUUAUCUUCUGACGAUGAAUCAAUGAUUGACAGCAGCGAUGAUGAUACUGAUGAUUAUGACAGCGCAGAAACAUUGACAGAUGAUGAUACUGACACAAUUGUGGAAGAUGAUGAACAGGAAGAAGAAAACUCCAAGAAUUUGGGGAGGAAAGAAAGGAUUUCUGGAAACGCUAUUGUAGAAUUGAAAUACAUGACAAACACGAUCCUUCGCGCCCAACACCUUCACAAAAGCACAUGCUCUGGCAGAUUAGUCUUACAUGACAACAAUACAGCCGCGUUUCGGAACUAUAUAUCUCUUAAAUGCCGAAAAUGUGGUGAAGUAUCCAAAUGUACCACAGUAAGCCCCGACAAAGAAAAUGAUCUAGCCAAAUCAUUUUACAUGGGAACUGCGGCUGCAGGUCUUACUUUUGAAACUUCAAGGCAAUUACUCUCUGUUAUGGAUGUUAAAGCUUGCACAUACCCAACAUUUGCCGAGAAAGCAGAAGCAGUUGAACCGGCACUCGAAGACAUUACGGAGGAAAUUAUGGACGACGCUAUCCACCUGGAGAUGGCAAUAGCCGUUAGCAAGGCGCAAGUUGAUAAAGAUGGUUGUGUUUGUAUUUCUGUGAUCAUUGAUGGCGCAUGGAAUAAGCGGAGUUUUGGCCAUGGCCAUUCUGCAUCGUCAGGGGCAGCUGUAAUUAUUGGAGCCGAAACUGGUCUAGUGUUAUGGGUUGGGUCGAAAAAUCGUCGGUGCAAGGCAUGUGAUUACGGCAACAUAUCGCAUAAGUGUUACUGUAACUGGAAUGGACCACCCGGUACCAUGGAAGCGGCACUAAUCGUUGAAGCGUUUAACAGUAUCUUUGCAAAAUAUAAGCUUAAAUUCACACAAGUUGUCGGGGACGGAGACUCUUCGGUCUUCAACAUGAUUAAAGAAAAGGUGACUUACUCGACCCAAAUUGAGAAGAUCCAGUGCACCAAUCAUACCAAGAAAAACUUCAAGAAAGCUAUGUUCAAGCUCGAAAAAAACACUGCUUUUUCGACGGCGACUCGACAGAUCUUAUCUACAUAUCGUGACAAAUUUGUGUACAGGCUACAAUUCGUGGUGAAACAUUGUGCUGAUAAUGGAGGCACCGAUGUUUCCAAUUUGAAAAAGGACAUACUGGAAAUAAUGAACCAUGUCGGCGACUGCCAUCAGAACUGCCGACUUGAUGUGUGUCCAGAAGCUGGCAAUACCAAUGCAAUUGCGAGGGAAUAUGAAAUUCUCAAAAACUCCCCGCUGCACGAUGAAUUAUUAAAACUGCUCAGAGAACUAAGCUCCAAAGCCAAUCGUCUUCGUUUGAAUAUGAAUACGAAUUUUGCGGAAGGGAUGUUUAGCGGACUCAACAAGCUGAACUCUGGCAAAAGGGUGGAUCUUGCCGCCAGGGGUGAAUUCUCCCGGCGUGUGAUGAUGUGCGCCGCCAAUUGGAACACAAGCAAUUGGAUUUUGGAAUGGUACCGUGAGGCCACCGGAAAUGAACCUGGAUUCAAUCUUGUCAAUUAUGUGGACGCCCACAUAAAACGAAGAAAUUACGACAAAGCACGCCAACGCCCACCAAAGAAGAAGAAGCACAUUUCUGACGAAGGAUAUGGAGAAAAUGCGGAUACAACUUUGAUGGAAUUGGUGACAGAUCAGGAAAUUGGAGAAAUGCGUGACAAGUAUAAGAAAGAUUCGAGCAAACUGGAAAUGAUGCGCACCAAAACGUCACUUGAUGAAAGAGAGGAGUUUAUGCAAGGGCGCAUUGAAGCUCACCAUAUUCCGGACAUCAUUAAAACUCGAAGUGACUCUGGGUUUGAUAAGAAAAUUGCAAGAAUUUCUUCAAAAGCUGCGAAUUCCGAAUACUUGAACCGGAAUGUUGUUUACGUUGACCAGAUGCGAGAAAUCAUCAAUGCAAAAUUGAGUUCAACGUUCGAAAGCGUUGGUACUAUACUGCAUCCAAACAUGAACUAUAUCUGUUGUUGCCCUGAUGGUAUAACAUCUGAUUCGAAAAGCGUACUUUUCAUAGAAAAUGUAAAACUGAAAAAGGGACGUAUUCGAGAACAGGCAGUGAGCGAUAAAAAAUUUGUUUUGGGGUACCAAGACGGCCGAUUGAUCCUGAACGAUAAGGAUCUUUACAGAAAAGCCCAGGCGGCCAUGCAAAUUUGUGGAUCUAGUAGCUGUGUUAUAACAUUUGUGAACGAUAUCGAGGAUUUUGCUACAGUAACCGUCGAAAAAGAUACUUCAUUUUGGCCAUUAUUUGAAGACAAAAUUAAUCGCUUUUUCGAAGAAUUUGUCAAACUAAUAUUUGUACAAAAUAUCGAAAUAAAUUAAAUUGCAUUUUUGCAAACAAUAAUAAAU